CAUAAAAACAAUGAUGACAUAAUUCUGGCAAAAGAAAAGAAGGUCCAAGAUCACAUUCGCCAGAACAAAAACCCAGACCCCACCCAACCCAACCCCAACUGUUCCAGGCUACCAAGUUUUUGUCUUUCCUCUCUCCUCACCAUUUUCAUCUUCUUCUUCAUCAUCUACCCCUUCCCCCCUCUUUAGGAGAGAGAAUCGGCGAUCUCACAGUAGUAGAGAUAGAAUUCUCGAGAGUGAUUAGAAAUGGCGACUUUAACAUGGCGGAAAGCUUACGGUGCCCUUAAAGAUCAAACCAAAGUCGGCCUUGCUACAAUCAACAGUGAUUACAAGGAUUUGGACGUUGCGAUUGUUAAGGCGACGAAUCAUGUUGAGUGUCCGCCUAAAGAGCGGCAUCUAAGAAAGAUAUUGCUUGCCACAUCUGCAAUUAGACCUAGGGCUGAUGUUGCUUAUUGUCUUCAUGCUCUUGCUCGUCGAUUAGGCAAGACUCGUAAUUGGACGGUAGCUCUGAAAACAUUAAUAGUUGUCCAUAGGUUAUUGAGGGAAGGUGAUCCAACGUUCCGCGAAGAACUUCUUAAUUUCUCUCAACGUGGCCGUGUACUGCAGCUCUCCAAUUUCAAGGAUGACUCGAGCCCAGUUGCUUGGGAUUGCUCCGGUUGGGUUCGUACUUAUGCACUCUUCUUGGAGGAACGGCUUGAGUGUUUCAGAGUUCUUAAAUAUGAUAUUGAAGCUGAGCGUCUACCAAAACCUGCCGAGGGGCAGGAGAAGGGUUACAGUAGAACCAGGGAUCUGGGGUCGGAGGAACUUUUGGAACACUUGCCUGCCUUACAGCAGUUGCUUUAUCGUCUAAUUGGAUGCCGGCCAGAAGGUGCUGCUCUUGGAAAUUAUGUGAUACAGUAUGCACUUGCACUGGUUCUUAAGGAGAGUUUCAAAAUAUAUUGUGCCAUUAACGAUGGAAUAAUUAACCUGGUCGAUAAGUUUUUUGAAAUGCCAAGACAUGAAGCUGUCAAAGCCCUUGAGAUUUAUAGAAGAGCUGGCCAGCAGGCUGCGAGUCUCUCUGAAUUUUAUGAAGUUUGUAAAGGUUUAGAACUUGCUCGGAACUUCCAGUUUCCUGUUUUGAGAGAGCCACCACAAUCUUUUCUUGCAACUAUGGAUGAAUAUAUUAGAGAGGCACCUAAGAUGGUUGAUAUGCCAGCACAGCAGCUGGAAUUCCCAGAAAGGCUUCUACUGACAUAUAAACCUGAGGAAAACUCUCUUUCUGAAGAUGAAAAAUCAAAUGUUGAAGAGCCUCCACCAAUGGCUUCAGAUGAUUUAACAUCCAGUGCCGAAGCUGCUCUUGCUACUACUCGUGCUCUUUCACCUGCUACAAAUAUGGACUCUGGAGAUCUGCUGGGGUUGAAUGAUGUUACGCCUAAUGCAACAGCCAUUGAGGAAGAAGAUGCUGCUUCAACAUCAAAUUCCGGCACUGUUUCAUCCAGUUUUGAUCCUAGUGGAUGGGAACUUGCUUUGGUCACAGCUCCAAGCACUGACAUUUCUACUCAUACUGAGAGGCAACUGGGUGGUGGAUUGGAUUCGCUCACACUGAAUAGUUUGUAUGAUGAAGCGGCUUAUAGAGCCAACCAGCAGCCUGUUUAUGGGGCACCAGCAGCCCCCAACCCAUUUGAAGUACAUGAUCCCUUUGGAAUGUCCCACAACAUUGCUCCUCCUACUGCAGUUCAGAUGAAUUCUAUGACUCAGCAAUCGGCACCCAAUCCUUUUGGUCCUUAUCAGGCUCCCUUCCAUGCACAGUCGCAGCCACCUGUAGGUCUUGGGGCACCGAAUCCUUUCGGUGACAUGGGUUUUGGACCAUAUGCUGUUACUCCUGUUAACCAUCCACAGCAUGCUGCUAAUCCAUUCGGGAAUACAGGACUGCUGUAACGUUGUUUGGAUGCAAUUUAGUUUGGCACAUAUUGUUUUGUAAGCCUGAGACCAGAAAGCGAUGUUAAUAUGUCUUAGAUUUUAGGUAUAAGGUGUCAUUUUGUUUAAGGCAUUUCUACACUUGAUCGUCCUAUAGUGUAAACCUGCUGUGAAAAGAGAUUCAUUAAUAUAGGGAAUUAAACUAAUAAAUUUUUAAUCUUUCCUAUUGAGAAGGAAUUUAUGAGGAUUGUAUAUUUUGAUUAUAGGGCUCGUGUGUAAAGAAUAUAAAAACGUAGGGACUCGCCAUGGAGUGUUAUGCGAGCUGUGUUUUGUAUCAUUGAUAGUUUGAUACUGCUGUGUACUCGAAGUGUGUUCUCACUUUCAUCUUUGUUUUGAUUUUCGCCCU